AUGAUCAAAGAGGAGACCAAUUCGUGUGUUCAUCCUUUUGGUGGUGUUAUGGCAGAACCUGAUCACAAGGAAGUGGAGCUUGAUGCAGCAAAAGCAAAGGUUGAGAAAGUUAGAGAAGAAAACGAGAAGUUAAAGCUCUUACUCUCUACGAUUCUUACUGAUUACAACUCUCUUCAAAUGUAUGUCUCCAACUUUGUCCGACAACAACAUGAAGCUUCUAAGGAGCUAGACAGUAAUGAAUAUGAUCACGACGAUUCUGGAGUAGAUAUAUCUCUUAGGCUUGGAAGAUCAGAGAUUAAGAUCUCCAAGAAAGAGGAAGAAGUAGAGAAGAUUAGUCUUGACAAUGAGAACAAGGUAGGGUCAGAGAAGAAAAGAUAUGCACUCGGUUUAGGAUUUCGGAUUCAAAGUUUUGAAGAUGCGAAUAGUACUGAUCACUCCAUGAAGUUAGGUUAUACUUCUAGAGAUGUUAAGAAUGGAAACGCAGAAGAUAAAUGUGUACUUUCGAAAAAAGAUCUCAAAACUGCUAGAAAUGAAGAUCAACAAGAUGUUUUGGAAGAACAUAAUGAGCAACCAAGUUUGAAGAAAACUAGGGUUUGUGUGAAAGCACCAUGUGAAGACCCAUCGAUAAACGACGGAUGCCAAUGGAGGAAAUACGGUCAAAAGACUGCAAAAGCGAAUCCUCUUCCACGAGCCUAUUACCGUUGCUCCAUGUCAUCAAAUUGUCCCGUCAGAAAACAGGUGCAAAGAUGUGGAGAAGAUGAUACAUCCGCUUAUAUGACGACAUACGAAGGAACUCACGAUCAUCCUCUUCCCAUGGAAGCAACACACAUGGCCGCCGGAACUUCCGCUGCCGCCUCAUUAUUACAAUCUGGCUCCUCUUCCUCCGCAAGUCUAAGCUAUUACUUCCCUUUUCACCACUUCUCUGUCUCCACCACUAAUGCCCACCCCACCGUAACACUCGACCUCACACGACCAAACUAUCCCAAUCACUUACCAAACUACCCUCUUUCUUCCUCAUCUCUCAGCUUCUCUUCCUCUGAUCGCCCAUCUAUGUCCAACAGUCGUACCUUGAGCUUCAACAGCUUGAUAUCUCAAGCUCCCUUGAAUACAUAUUCACAUCAAACAAAACUCUCUGGACAACCGUAA